AUGACUAGUAUGGACGUGUUGUCUGAAUGCGUUAUUCACAAAAUACUCUCUUAUCUUAGUUUUCAAGAAGCAGCCAAGUUGAGCCUUGUCUCGAAAACAUGGCUACAAGCUUGGUUAACUCAUCCCAGCUUGGAAUUCACCUUAUUGUCUUCAAAACAUGGCUACAAUAUUCAUGAUAGUAAAAUUGUGGAUCAAGUCAUGGAGAGAUAUAGGCAAACAAAAAUCCCUAUUGAAAAUUUUCAACUUUCAGUUACAAUUUUAUCUCCUCAUCGUCCUUUUGUUUUUCCUCAAAUGGAUAAAUGGCUCGGCAUUGCUCUUCAAAAUGGUGUAAAAGAUUUGUCGUGUGAGGUUUCUCUCCCUUCAUACCCCUUCCCUAUUUUCACAUUCUUGGCACCAAAAUCUUUAAGAGAAUUGGUUCUGUUGGGAUAUAAUCUCAUAUUGGAUCAUUCAUUGUCUAUUACUACAACUCAAGUGAUAAGCUGUCAUUCUUUGAGAAAGCUUUCUCUAACUGAGGUUGGAUUAGACGACAACAUGCUUCGAGCUCUGCUCAAUUGCUGUCCCUUGAUUGAUGAUUUUAUCAUUGAGCAUUGUCGUUUAUUGACAAAGAUUGAGCUGCGAAAUCUUCAAAAUAUCAAGUCAGUCUCUAUUAGUUGCUGCAAGAACCAGAGUCUAAUAGAUAUGAGGAUAUCUGAAGGAUUUCUCCAGCGCCUUAUUUCUACAUCUCAAUUCCUCGAGAGAUUGACAUUAGAUUACGUUUCUACAAGGCUGGAAAGGUUCAAAAUCUGCGGGAGUCCAUCCGUAAAGUUGUUGGCGAUUGAGAAUUGCAAGGGAUUACAGGAGAUUGAUGCUCCAAAUUUGGUAUCACUCGAGUAUAAUGGAGAUGAGAUUUCUGAGCUUAAAGUUGCAAAAAGGUGUCGCCAACUGAAGAAAUCACAAUUAUGUCUCGAUAGCUUGAAAAUUUUGAAUGCUGAAUGGUUUGGUGAAUUGAGGAAAUUUCUAUCAAAGUCGAGUUCUUGGUCUCUAGUUUCCCUUACUUUUGAGGAAUGCAGUGAGAUCAACUUGAAAGAUUUGGUGCUGCACCAUACAGUUGCAACCCCCAAAGUGAACGAAUUAGUUGUAUGUAUAGAAUCGUCUGAUAAGUGCCCAACACUACUUGUGGAUGCUUUGCUAUGGAGUUGUCAUCCUAAGAGACUCAUCCUAAAAUAA